AUGUCUAAUCAACAACCAUAUUACGAGGCAUUGCCAACAUUUCUUAAACCAAUUCAUUAUGAUCUUUCAAUCUUUAAUAUUGAUAUUAUAAAUGAAACUUUUAAGGGGAAAGUUAUUAUAGAAUUUGAUGUAAUUGAAUCAACAAAUCAAUUACAUUUAAAUUAUCGUGAUUUAACAAUUUCUCAAGAUUCAAUUUCAAUCAUUGAUGAUUCAAAUAGUAGAAUUGAAGUUGAAUCAAUUACUGAAUAUAAAAAUAAAGAAUAUUUUAUUAUUCAAUUUAAUCAAUCAAUUGAUAAAGGUAAGAAAAUUUAUGUUACUAUUAAUUAUGAUGCAAUUAUUCAAACUAAUAUGGCUGGUUUUUAUAAAUCUGGUUAUUUUGAUGAUGAUAAUAAACAAGAAAAAUUCAUGUUAUCAACUCAAUUUGAAGCUACUGAUGCUAGAAGAGCUUUUCCUUGUUUAGAUGAACCAAUCCUUAAAGCAACUUUUAAAGUUGAUAUUACCCUCAAUUCAGAAUGGGUUGCCUUGGGAAAUACUCCAGUUGCUAAAACUGAACAAUUAGAUAAUGGUCUUCAAAAGGUUGAAUUUGAACCAACACCAAUUAUGUCAACUUAUUUAUUAGCUUGGGCAUGUGGUGAUUUCGAAUAUGUUGAAUCUUUUACUCAAGAAAAUUAUAUAAAUGAUAAACCAUUACCUGUUCGUAUUUAUACUACUAAAGGUGGAAAUUAUUUACAAGAUGCUAAACUUGCUUCUGAAAUUACUCCAAAAAUUGUUGAUUAUUUUUCUCGUAUUUUUAAUUUAAAAUAUCCUUUACCAAAACUUGAUCUUAUUGCGGUUCAUUCCUUUUCCCAUAAUGCAAUGGAAAACUGGGGUCUUAUUACUUAUAGAUCUACCGCUUUAUUAUAUUCUGAAACAAAAUCAGAUCCUUCAUAUAAACAAAAAGUCGCCUAUGUUGUUGCUCAUGAACUUGCUCAUCAAUGGUUUGGUAAUUUAGUUACCAUGAAAUGGUGGGAUGAAUUAUGGCUUAAUGAAGGGUUUGCCACUUGGGUUGGAUUCGCUGCUGUAGAUUAUUUAUUCCCGGAAUGGGAUAUCUUUAGUGGAUUUGUUAGUGAUUCAUUACAACAUGCCUUGAAUUUAGAUGGAUUAAGAAACUCUCAUCCUAUUGAAGUUCCCGUAGUUGAUGCAUUGGAUAUUGAUCAAGUAUUUGAUGCAAUUAGUUAUUUAAAAGGUGCAAGUACAAUCUUGAUGAUUUCAAAUUAUUUAGGUACUGAUGUUUUCUUACAAGGUGUGGCCAAUUAUUUGAAUAAAAAUAAAUAUUCAAAUGCUACUAGUCAUGAUUUAUGGAGUAGUGUUGGAGAAGUAUGUGGGAAACCAAUUGAUGCAUUGAUGAAUUCUUGGAUUAAAAAAGUGGGAUUCCCAAUUGUCAAUGUCGAUAUACAUCAAAAUAGUCUUGUUUUGCAUCAAUCAAGAUUUUUAAAUAGUGGAGAUUUAUCAGAAGAAGAAAAUCAAACUAAAUGGUGGAUUCCUUUGAAUUUGCUUGGAUCUGGUGAUGAUGUAGAAGAUGAAUUAAAUGUGGAUUCAUUUGAAAGUGAAAAGUUAAUUAUUGAUAAUUUCCCAUUGGUUAAUCAAUUUUUUAAAUUAAAUAAAAAUACUUCCGGUGUUUAUCGUGUUAAUUAUUCUUCAAAAGUAUUAGAAACUAAUAUCUUACCAUUUUUCGAUAAAUUAUCUCCAAGAGAUAAAGUUGGAUUAUUAGCCGAUACUGCCUCAAUCGCAGUUGCUGGUAAUAAUUCCACCACUACAUUUUUAAGACUAGUUCAGACUGUUACCGAUAAACUUGGUGAUGAUUAUGUCGUUUGGUUAGAAUUAGGUAAAAGAUUACAACAAUUAUCAAUUGCAUUCUCAACUCCAGAACUCAUCCCCAAAAUAAAUAAAUUCAUUCAAUCAAUCUAUGAGCAAAAAUCAAUCGAAUUAAUUCAUGAUUCUCAAAACAACAAGAUCGACAAUUCCGAUUUCUUAAGAAUAAAACUCCGUGCCGAAAUCUUAACCCAAGCCGGUUUCCUCCCGGCCAUCCGCCCAGUUCAACAAUACGCCCAAGAACUUUUUUCCAAAUGGAUCCAAGAUCCAACCACUUUACAUCCAUCAUUGCGUUCGUAUGUCUUUACGACCAUAGCUGCUUCUCCUAAUUUCUCCAAUGAUCAAUUCCAAGCUAUUAUUCAUGAAGUCACCCAUCCAAGUUCUUUGGAUUCCCGUGAAGUCGCUUUACGUGCAUUAGGACAUGUUAGAAAUCCCGAAAUUGCUCAAGAAUUAUUGGCGAUGUUGAUUAAUCCUGAAAUUAUCCCAACUAUGGAUUCUCAUUUCCUUGGAGAACCCUUAUCGACAAAUCCAGCCACCAAGGGGAUGUUUUUGAAAUUUGUAUUGGAACAUUAUGAUGACACGAUUUAUGGAUUGAUGAGUACGAAUAUGGUAGUUUUGGAUAGGUUUGUCAAGUUGACAUUGAGGAAUUAUUCUAGUGUUGAGGAAUAUGAAAAGAUUGAAGGAUUUUUUAGAAAUAGGGAUGUGCAUGGAUUUGAAAGAUCUUUGAAACAGAGUUUGGAUAAUGUUAAGAUAAAUUCAAAUUGGAAAUCCAGGGACGAGAGAGAAGUUUAUGAAUAUCUUCAAAAUAUUUAA